CACUCCGCUAGUACAAGCUUGGGAUGGCUCCUGAGCAGCUUUCCCGUAUAGCGGGCCUCUUCUCCGUGCUCAACACCAUCCAGUUCCUCAUCUUUGAUGUGAGCCAGCUCACCCACAUCGGCUAUGAGGACAACUACUCCAUCUACCUGGAGUCCGACUCCAGUCUGGCCUCCUGGCUCAUGAAAUUCCACCGUAACAUACGCACGGGCCUGUCGGUUGUGACCAUCCUGAUAGGCAGCUUCCUGGUGUUCUGCAUCCGCAAGAACUUCUACCUGGGGAUGCCCAUCUACGUCGUGUGGAUCGUUGUCUACGAGCUGGCCAGCUUCUCCAUGGUGCUGUUCACCCAGGGCAUGAUCCGCAAACAGUUCAAGCAGCUGAGCUACCUGAACCUGCUGCUCUCGAGCUCACGCAUGAUCCUGCACUUCUGCUUCCUGCCAUUCGUUAUCAAACACACCUACUUGCUCUACAAGGACCCCAAGUCCACCUUCAAGGUGAGCCGCCUCUGGCACUCCUCCACCAGCACUGUGAACUGGCAGCCCGUUGGACCAGGGAUUGUCCACAGCAAGUCAAACUGAAGAACGCCAAACAAGGCGGGUGAGGUGCGGAGGCUCAGGGCCCAUUGCCCACUGGGCAAUCCGGGGGUUGGUGCCUGACCUUCACACACAGUUGACCGGCGGAGAGGGAGCCCCUGGGGCAGUUCCU